AUGUCGACUCCCAUUGCUUUCCACCACCCUUCACCCCCUUCCUCAUAUGUCACCACCUUCCACCACACUUCCUCUUCCUCCAUCCUUCCUCCAUCCUUCCUCCAUCCAUCCUCCAUCCUUCCUCCUCCAUCCUUCCUCCAUCCUUCCUGCUCCAUCCUUCCUCCAUCCUUCCUCCUCCAUCCUUCCUCGUCUGUCACCACCUUCCUCCAUCCUUCAACACUUUUCAUUACAUAG